AACUGCUUUAAUUAAUUGUGUUUUAGUUAUCAUAUCUUAUAUUUAUAAUUUUUCAGACUCAAUUGAAACAAGUUGACUCAUCAUCUGUGUGGCUAGCUGUUUCUGAAGAUUGUAUAACAUUAUUAGAUUUCACUACAAUGCAACCCAUAGUUCGCUAUCCUUAUGGCGUAGUUGUUACCUUCGGUGGAUGUAAAGAGGAUUUUAUGCUGGUCGUGUGCCAGACAACAGUUGACCAAAAAACGUCAGGAGAAGGUAUUCAGGUGACUGAGCGCCUCCUCUUCUCCAUGCCUAAACCAAAGGAUGUCCAGGGUAUUACGAAUCGAUUCAUGACGCAACUGUAUUAUGUAUUUAUACCUAGGAUGUUGUGAUAUCAUGGCUAGUGUUCAUAUUAUUGUUUAUUACGACAAGGUUCGG